AGUAGCUGCUCUGUGACGUCUACGUCUCACUUCGCGGCCCCACCCGCGCAGACGUCACAGCGCCGCAGGCGUCCCUAGCUCGCUGCACAGGGCCACCCCCCCCCAAAACCCCAAGCCCAAGCACCCGGUGCCCGGGGAGGACUCGGAGCGGGAUGGGUGACUGGACCGGCUACAUCAGCGCGGUGCUGAGGGACCAACGCAUCGACGACGUGGCCAUCGUGGGCCACUCGGACAAUCGCUGCGUGUGGGCAUCGCGACCCGGAGGCUUGCUAGCGGCCAUCUCCCCGCAGGAGGUGGGUGUGCUCACGGGACCCGACCGGCACACCUUCCUGCAGACCGGCCUGAGCGUGGCGGGCCGCCGCUGCUGCGUCAUCCGCGACCACCUGCUGGCCGAGGGUGACCGGGUGCUGGACGCGCGCACCAAGGGGCUGGACGGGCGUGCGGUGUGCGUGGGCCACACGCCGCGGGCGCUGCUGGUGCUCAUGGGCAGGCGCGGCGUGCACGGAGGCGUCCUCAACAAGACCGUACACGACCUGAUGUGCGGGCUGCACGUGCAGAGCUCCUAG